CUCGGGGGCGCGCCGGGAAUCCCGUGACUCGGGAGCGCGCCCAAGAUGUGAAAAAGCCAUGAAAGGUUCUGCUAUAGGAUCUUUGGUUUCAGUGAAGCGGCUGGGCUGUGGGGAAGAGAGUGUCUGAGACCGGGUGGGGAGAGAGAGAGUGACAGGGAGCCGGGGACAGCAACAGUAACCAUGCUGUGAAUAUCCCUGCCUGACACUCUGUAUCCGUCUGUGUUGCCAUUUACACUCAGACCGCGUCUUUGUUGCAACUCCACCCCUUGUCUGUUACACUGUUUAUCUAGUCUGUAUCUCUCUGUCUCUCUCACACACACACACACACGCGCGCCUCUGCCGCCCAGUUCCUGACUCUCUCUCCCUGUUCAUUCACUGAUCUCUGGAGGGAUUUCUCCCCUGGUCGGAACCCCCCCCCCCUCUCUCUGUCUCCCCCCGCGGCUCCCAUGAAGGGUCCAGGGACACGGCAGCGAUGCGCCAGGUCGCCUCUCCGCCCCGUUCUGCUACCGAUACCGUUACUGCUACUGUCCGUGUGCCAGCUGUCCAGCCAGGCUCCAGGAGUCAUGCCGUUUGAGGAGGUGUGGAACCGGAGCUACUGCCGCACCAUCGAGGUGCUGGUGGAGGUUGUGCGGGAGUUUCCCACCGAGUCCGAGUGGAUCUUCAAGCCCUCCUGCGUCCCCCUCCUGCGCUGCGCUGGCUGCUGCGGGGACGAGAAGCUGCGAUGUACAGCACGGGACGUGUACAACAUCACCUUACAGGUCAUUAAGUUAAAGCCUUUGGAGCAGGUGACCAGGCCCGAGGAGAUGACCUUCAUGGAGCACAGUAGCUGUGAAUGCCGACCAAGGCGGAAACGAUUGAAAGGUGACAGGAGAAGCGGCAAGAGGAGAGGUCAACGGAAGAGGAUCAAGCUAGACGAUGAGCCUGCACACAACCAAUGCCCCACAGUGCGGAGAAAACGACCCCAGACAGCGUGAAAGAAGGGGGUCGUUGAUGGACACGGGGGCCGGUGAACCGAGAUACCGUCUAAACCGCGGGGAGACUUUGAGAAGGAAGUGUGUCGGUGCCAAUAAAGAGUGGUGAUGGCUUCCGUCUGCUGCAGAGGGAGGGGGAGGGGGGGAGGGGUUGGGGACUGUGGGGAAUGAUCCUUGUACUUCCUGAUGUGGCUAUCCUCAGUGAAUGGGAGCCCUCUCGCAGAGAAAGUGGGGAGGGGAGAGGAGGAGGAGGAUAGCAAUCCGGACCGGGACCCUCUUACAAACUUUCAAAACAGUGGCUUCACCCCACACCCAGAGCCGCUCCUAUCCAUCAGUUUCAGUGUAAACACUGGCCAGCGGUAGAUUUGCCGCCUCACAGCGCCAGAGACCCGGGUUCGAUCCUGACCACAGAUGCUGUCUGCACGGAGUUUGUACAUUCUCCCCGUGACCUGCGUGGGUUUUCUCCGGGUGCUCCGGUUUCCUCCCACACUCCAAAGACGUGCAGGUUUUUAGGUUAAUUGGCUUCGGUAAAUUGUCCCUAGUGUGUGUAGGAUAGCGUUAAUGUGUGGGGAUCGCUGGUCGGCGCGGGCUCGGUGGGCCAAAGGGCCUGUUUCCAAGAACCCCAACAGCCCUUUCUGGUUUGGCAGAGAUUCACUUGCACCUCCUCCAAACUCAUCCACUGCAUCCACUGUUCAAGAUGUGGACUCUGAUACAUCGGCGAGACCAAACCGAGACUGGGCGAUCGUUUCGCUGAACACAUUCACCUAGUCAGCCUGUCCAUUGAUUUGCCUAACUUCAAGUAACCCUUGCAUAUCUUGGUAUCUGGGUGUCCGCUGAUCAGUGUGGGCUCGGUGGGUCGAAGGGCCUGUUUCCCUGCUGUAUCUCUAAACUAAACUAAACCCAGACCGCUUGCGUUUCCUCCGGGUGCUCCGGUUUCCUCCCGCAUCCCAAAGAUGUACCGUUAAUUGGCUUCUGCAAAUUGUCCUUAGUGUGUAGGGAGUGGUUUAGAAAGUGGGGUAACAUAUAAAAAGUGUGAUCAGUGGUCAGCAUGGAGUGAAAGGCCAGUUUCCAUGCUAAAACUGAAGAUUCAGGCAGCUUUCAGUGCCGAAAGACAGGGUUAAUGUUUCAGGUCUGCUCCAGUUUCGUAAGAACAGAUUAGUAAUAUGAGGAGCCAGGAGACAGACUAGCCUUAUCACUGCAGACACUUAAUCCAUGCAGGGCCAUCAGACCAGUGUGUACUGAUCUGCCCUGUUGUUGAUGCUGGGCGAUAGUACAACACUGGCCUUCCAUUCUAGCUCGUGUUUCCUGUUGUGACUAGGAUGAAGUAAUUCCCCAACUAAUGGAAGUAUCUGUAGAUAUCGGAGUCAUCUGCGCUUUUAUCCUUAUCUAGACCACUCGUCUGCUCCUGCAUGUGUCUGCCCGCAAGUUAAUGUUUGAUGUUACUUUGCCGACCGACCGUAUCUCAUCUCAUUCCUCCUGAGAGCCUGGCUUAGAUCCAGCGCUGAGGUGGGACUCGUGGAUUCAAACCCUGCACCAGACUGUAGGGCAAUAAUCGCCUACUUUAGGGAACUCUCACACACAUAAUGCAGCACAGUGGCGCAGCCGAUAGAGCCACUGCUUCACAGCGCCAGGGACCUGGGUUCGAUCCUGACCUCGGGUGCUGUCUGUGUGGAGUUUGCACGUUCUUCCUGUGACCUCGCCAAUUCCCUCCGCGUGCUCUGAUUUCCUCCCACAUUCCCAGAGAUGUGCGGGCUUGUAGAUUAAUUGGCCCUCUGUAAAUUGCUCCUAGUGUGUAGGGAGUGGAUGAUAAAUCUAGUGUGAAUGGGUGAUCGACAGUCAGCGUGGACCCGAUGGGCCGAAGGGCCUGUUUCCAUGCUGUAUCUCUAAACUAACUGUGGACAUCUGUGGGACACGGGAACUAAUUCUAUACCCUGAUUCCACUGCAGAAACUAAUUAUAAAACAAAUGUUUUGACUUUUGUGAAUUAUUGUUUAAAAUGGGGGGAAUAAUCUGAAGUUUAAUGUAUAAAAUGUACCAACUGUUUAUUAUUCUGAAUAAUUAAAAUAUGUGAUUUUAAUUGU